GUUCCACGUUACAAUCAGUAUCAGCCCGACCAUGAAUCACAUUAUAAUCAUAGGUCUUACCAUAACUUCUCUGUUGCAAACCACGUUUGCAGACGAUACCACUUUAAUUCCUGAUGACACCACUUUGAUUCCUGAUGACACCAUUUUGAUUCCUGAUGACACCACUUUAAUUCCUGAUGACACCACUUUGAUUCCUGAUGACACCACUUUGAUUCCUGAUGACACCACUUUAACUCCUGAUGAUACCACUUUGAUUCCCGACAAUGAUAACAAUUGCGAAAGAUGGCCCUGUGCUGCCACUCUGUGUUUAAAUGUAUUCCCGUGCCCUCGUGGUACUACUUUGGUCGGCGGACGGGGCUAUUGUGGAUGUUGUAAUGAAUGUGUUACCCCACAGUUGGGUGAUUCGUGUUACGAAGACGGUAUUACUAGACUGCCUACCUGUGGUAAACGGCUAAAAUGUGACAUAAGGACCAGGACUUGUGUGCAGAGAUGGAUAAAGUGGGAAAAAUAAUGUGAAAUCAUGUAUGAUGCUUCGCAUGCUCUUAUGUAUAUAAUUAUUAAUGCCUUAUAUGUAUUAUGUUAUGUGCCUAUGAGAGUAAACAAAUAAAGAAUAUAUAUACGCAA